AUGGAAGAGUCUCAAAGCCUACGCUCGCUGUUUCAGUCCGCGAAAGAUGCAAAGGCAGGGUUGGAGUCGCGGGGAGACACAAAUUCUCAGGAGUACCAAGAUGCCGUCAACACGGCGAUCGCCAAGUUCGGUGAAUGUCAACGACAAGUCAGCGUUCUGUCCUUGUUCAGUUCCAACGAGCCCUUGGACGAUAUCUCGACGGGAGAUGUACAGUACCUGACACUUGAAUACUAUCUCGCCGAACUGAUGCAACGCGCAUCCAGUUCAGACCGUGAAAAGUCUCUACGACGCACGUUGCAACUAUAUGAAAGCUUCCUUUCACGACUUGAGAACUAUGAAUUACUCUCACCGGGCGAUAAGAAGUUAUUUGAACAAUACAUGGCCAACCCAUUCACAUUCACACUCGCACCCCUGAACGACGCAACGGCUCGGCGAGAUAUAAAAGUCAGACGGUUUCGUGAGGAGAAGGAACUGAAACAAAAGCUGGAGUAUCUUGCUCAAAAUGAAGCUCGGCUGCAGAGCGAUGAUGACGACACAAGACGCUUGUAUCUCGCCGAGAUACAACUACUUGUGCAUCAAUCUUUCCAGGCGCUGGAUCUUCUGAUUCAGGAACUGUCCAUGUUGUCCGCCAUUCGCCAGGCGCCAGUUGCCCCACAACCGACCCCUGAGGAUUCAAGAGAACGAAGUAAUCUGGGAGGCACUAAUUAUUCAGAUCGCUUAGAUCCAUCUCUUUCACAAUUACUAGGCCGCGGACGCAAUGGGCCUCUGCUAGACAAGAAAGGCAAGCCCAUGCAGCCUUUCACAUUGUUGGAUCGCCGCACACAGCUCCAGCAAGGUGUUUUCCGUUCUGGUCACAACCUCCCUACCAUGACAAUCGAAGAAUACCUGGACGAAGAACAUCGGAGAGGCAAUGUUCUUCAGGGUGGUGAGCAGUCUGGAAUCAAACCGGAAGUGGACGAGGAUGAUUUGGACAGGGCAGAUGAAGAGACGAUGAAAGCACGUGCAUGGGACGAAUACGUCGAGGCCAAUCCGAAGGGAGCUGGCAACACGUUGAAUCGUGGUUGA